AUGGAUGUCGAAAAACAGCAGAUUUGUGUAGCUCUGUUUGUUGUGCUGCAGCGCUGCAAAGACAAGCUGAACUCUCUGGCCAUCUCGGUGAUGAACCUGUGGCCCGGGGUCCGGCUGAGGGUCACCGAGGGCUGGGACGAGGACGGCCACCACUCGGAGGAGUCGCUGCACUACGAGGGCCGGGCGGUGGACAUCACCACCUCGGACCGAGACCGCAACAAGUACGCCAUGCUGGCUCGGCUGGCGGUGGAGGCCGGGUUCGACUGGGUCUACUACGAGUCCAAGGCCCACAUCCACUGCAGCGUCAAGUCAG